GGCGGGCCCCGCGCCCCUCCUCCCCCUGGGCGCCCGCGGCGGCGUGUGAAUGGCGGCCUCGGCAGCAGCGGCCUCGGCCUCGGCGGCGGCGGCGGCAGCCGCUUCGGGCAGUCCGGGCCCGGGUGAAGGCUCGGCGGGCGGCGAAAAACGUUCCCCUGCCGCGGCCGCGGCCUCGGCGUCGGCUUCCGCCUCGGCAUCGUCGCCUGCGGGGGGCGGCGGCGAGGCGCUGGAGCUGCUGGAACACUGCGGCGUCUGCCGGGAGCGUCUGCGGCCUGAGAGGGAGCCGCGCUUGCUGCCCUGCCUGCACUCGGCCUGCAGCGCCUGCCUUGGGACCCCGGCGCCUUCCGUCGCCAACAGCUCGGGGGACAGCGGCGCGGCGGGGGACGGAGCCGCAGUCGUGGAUUGUCCUGUGUGCAAGCAGCAGUGCUUCUCCAAAGAUAUUGUGGAGAAUUAUUUUAUGCGUGACAGUGGCAGCAAGGCUGCCGCUGACUCCCAGGAUGCGAAUCAGUGCUGCACUAGCUGUGAGGAUAAUGCCCCCGCCACCAGCUACUGUGUGGAGUGCUCUGAGCCACUGUGUGAGACAUGUGUGGAGGCACACCAGCGGGUGAAGUACACCAAGGACCACACCGUGCGCUCCACUGAAAGCAAAUGUUCUUCGUGCCCGGGAUGCCUCAGUAGCCAGAAAGCCCCCCUGCUGGACAGAGCCUGCUGGCCAGCCAAGUCCCGAGAUGGCGAGCGCACAGUGUACUGCAACGUUCACAAGCACGAGCCCCUCGUGUUGUUCUGUGAGAGCUGUGACACCCUCACCUGCCGGGACUGCCAGCUCAACGCCCACAAGGACCACCAGUACCAAUUCCUGGAGGACGCAGUGAGGAACCAGCGCAAGCUCCUGGCCUCUCUGGUGAAGCGGCUUGGGGAUAAGCAUGCCACCCUGCAGAAGAACACCAAGGAGGUUCGCAGCUCGAUUCGCCAGGUGUCUGACGUGCAGAAGCGUGUGCAGGUAGAUGUCAAGAUGGCCAUCCUGCAGAUCAUGAAGGAGCUGAACAAGCGGGGCCGUGUGCUGGUCAACGAUGCCCAGAAGGUGACUGAGGGGCAGCAGGAGCGCCUGGAGCGGCAGCACUGGACCAUGACUAAGAUCCAGAAGCACCAGGAACACAUCCUGCGCUUCGCCUCCUGGGCCCUGGAGAGUGACAACAACACAGCCUUGUUGCUCUCCAAGAAGCUGAUUUACUUCCAGCUGCACCGUGCCCUCAAAAUGAUCGUGGACCCUGUGGAGCCACAUGGCGAGAUGAAGUUCCAGUGGGACCUCAAUGCCUGGACCAAGAGCGCGGAGGCCUUUGGCAAGAUUGUGGCAGAGCGUCCUGGCCCCAACUCCACAGGCCCUACGCCCAUGGCCCCCCCACGGGCUCCAGGGCCCCUGAGCAAGCAGGGCUCUGGCAGCAGCCAGCCCAUGGAAGUACAAGAAGGCUAUGGCUUUGGGUCAGAUGAUCCCUAUUCAAGUGCAGAACCCCACGUGUCAGGCGUGAAGCGGUCCCGCUCAGGUGAGGGUGAGGUGAGUGGCCUCAUGCGCAAGGUGCCACGGGUGAGCCUGGAGCGCUUGGAUCUUGACCUCACGGCUGACAGCCAGCCACCAGUCUUCAAGGUCUUCCCAGGCAGCACCACAGAGGACUACAACCUGAUCGUCAUUGAGCGCGGGGCUGCGGCCGCUGCUGCCGGACAGCCAGGGACUGCGGCCCCUGGGGCCGCUGGUACCCAGCCUCUGCCUGGCAUGGCCAUUGUCAAGGAGGAAGAGACAGAGGCUGCUAUUGGAGCCCCAUCUGCUGCCACUGAGGGCCCCGAGACCAAGCCUGUGCUGAUGGCCUUGGCGGAGGGCCCUGGUGCUGAGGGCCCACGCCUGGCCUCACCCAGUGGCAGCACCAGCUCAGGCCUGGAGGUGGUGGCUCCAGAGGGCACCUCAGCCCCGGCUGGUGGCCCAGGUGCCCUGGAUGACAGUGCCACCAUCUGCCGCGUCUGUCAGAAGCCAGGCGACCUGGUCAUGUGCAACCAGUGCGAAUUCUGCUUCCACCUGGACUGCCACCUGCCCACUCUGCAAGAUGUGCCAGGGGAGGAGUGGAGCUGCUCACUCUGCCAUGUGCUACCUGAUCUGAAGGAGGAGGAUGGCAACCCGAGCCUGGACACUGGUGACAGCACUGGAGUGGUGGCCAAGCUGUCACCAGCCAACCAGCAGAAGUGUGAGCGUGUCCUGCUGGCCUUGUUCUGCCAUGAGCCUUGCCGGCCCCUGCACCAGCUGGCCACCGACUCGAGCUUCUCCCUGGAUCAGCCUGGUGGCACCUUGGACCUUACCCUGAUCCGGGCCCGCCUCCAGGAGAAGUUGUCACCCCCCUACAGCUCCCCCCAGGAGUUUGCCCAGGAUGUGGGCCGAAUGUUCAAGCAGUUCAACAAGCUGACAGAGGACAAGGCGGACGUGCAGUCCAUUAUUGGCCUGCAGCGCUUCUUCGAGACGCGCAUGAACGAGGCCUUCGGGGACACAAAGUUCUCUGCUGUGCUGGUGGAGCCCCCGCCCCUGAGCCUGCCUGGUUCUGGCCUGAGUGCCCAGGAGUUGUCCAGUGGCUCUGGUGAUGGCCCCUGAAGCUGGUCCCCCUGCGCCAGCUCAGCCUAUCGGUCCUGCAGCCCUGCCCAUCCCCCUCCGGUGGCCUGGCUCCCACUCCUUGGUACCCCAUUCCCCAGCCCUUCACAAUAUGGUUUUUACUUCUGUGGAUUUAAUAAAAACUUCACAAGUUCCUCAGC